AUGUCCCGCCUCUCCCCGUCGGCCAUACUUCGGUCCGUGAGACCAUCACCAAGUCAGCUCGGUGGCCUCGGUGGGUUAAGAACGAGACAAGCAAGUCUCUCUCCUCAUACACCCCCAAUAACACCCUACGACAUAUUCGAUGAGCCGUCCAAGGCCCGCCAGAGGGAUCGAGCUAUUAGACGGCUGAAGGAGAGAGGAGAUCCGACUUCUAGUGAAGAUGAACAGGAAUGUACUGAUUAUAAACAGGAUUUGAAAUCUCCACCAAAAAGUAUACUGGAUCUAUGUUCACAUUCCGGUCAACUCACCAAGAUUUUACAAGAGACACUUCCGGAAGAAGAGAGGACUUGGUAUAUGGUUGAACCAUCUAUUGAUCGUAUAGCUGAAGCUCUUUAUCGAGAUGCUGAUAAUUCUUUUCCCUAUCCUCCGCGACGUAUACAAGCAUCACCAGCAAAUAUCCUCGCAAACCCUGAAUUGAACGUUUUGAAAGAUACUUUUGAAGCUGUAGUCAGUUCUGCAGGAUUACAUUGGGUAGGUGAUAUUGUCGGUGCUUUGACACAAAUAAGACAUCUUUUAAAACCUGAUGGAGUAUUUGUAGGUGCUGUAUUGGGAGGUGAUACUUUGUUUGAAUUACGAACUUCUUUGCAACUGGCGGAACAGGAGAGAAGAGGGGGUAUAGCAAAUAGAGUAUCACCGAUGAUUAAUCCCACAGACGCUCCUUCUCUUUUGACUCGCGCGGGUUUCACACUCACCACAGUGGAUAUUGAAGACAUGUCUAUCCGCUAUCCUUCAAUGUGGGAACUUAUCUCUGAUCUGAGAGAUAUGGGAGAGUCAAAUGCUAUCCUUGGACGGAGAGCUUACAUCCCACGGGAUGUGUUAUUAGCUGCAGAGGGGAUUUAUAAAGAGAUGUACGGUAGUGAUGCAGAACCCGGUGUUCCUGCCACUUUCCAAAUCAUCUACCUCAUCGGCUGGAAACCAGGACCGACCGAACCAAAACCUCUAGAGCGUGGGACAGGUCGUACAAGUCUCAAAGAUGUCUUAUGA